GUACUGUCACUUGUGAUUUUCAUGGCACUGAACUACGAAAAAUAAAAAUAAAGAAAACACCAAAGUUGUGAAACACAAAAGUUAAAACAAAAAAUCAUAAAAUUCCGGAUAAAAAACUCUCAAAAAUCGUCAUGAAAUAAAAUCCGUAUAUAUUCUAAAAUCUGUAAACAAUUUCUAUAUUCCAAUCAAAUCCUCUGAAGUGAGAUAACAAUAAAAACAUAAAACGAAGUUCUUAAAAACAAAAUACCAAAUCGUCACGUAAUUUUCCCCAAAAAACUUUGCGAAAUCUUUUGCGCAUCACAAUGUUUGUCCUUGUCCGAAAAAUAUAUUCGUGAGUUCGUUGAAAAGCUAUGCAAGUUUCCCAAAGUCGCUUAAAAUACAAAAUUACACCAAAACCUUACAUAAAACUUCAAAAACAAGAGUAAAUCAUCGUCUAGAUGACAACGAUUCCAAUGAAAUCGAACACCCACAACUCUUCCAAUAGCUGAUUCAUCAACAAACAUUAUUUCGAUUCGAGUUAGCGACGAAAAACAUUUCCAAUCCUGUCGUCCAAACGGAAAUUCACUAUUUCCAUAGACCUCCAACAUUCCACAGACUGGUUCCUAUCAGUGUCCAUGUAUCUGCCACAGAAUGACAUCUCCGAAGUGGUGCUGCGACAGCGCAAUAAGAAGGACGAGCUGUCCAAGGAACUCACCAAGAACAAAUCCAAGCUGAAUGCAGUGCGACAGGAAUACAGAUUCCUCACCCAACCGCUCAACACAGACUAUGUGGACGAGUGCGAGCGACUUGACGAUGAGAUUGACAAACUCCGGCGAGUGUGUCAGGUUAUGCUGAACGAGAUCGAGCACUUGAAGCGUUCCCAGGAGCCCCAAUUCGACCGCCAGCCGAUGAGACCAGCUCCACCACCUCCGGCAUAUCCUCCGCCUCGAAUGAGGCCGCGUACUUUAUUUCCUCGGCAGCCGUCGGGCUCUUCACCACUGUCACCUCGAAGUCCUGAGAGUCCCAACACUUCGCAAUCCGACCAAAUGACGACUUCCCCGAGUUUACAAGACAUCGUUGCGGCUUCACAACCAACAGCGCCGAAAAUUAUCGACGAUGCCUGUGAUCCCAGUUGUGGCGAACAGCCAUGGCAGUGCAGUAUGUGUACAUUCCAGAAUCAUCCGUUGCUGAAUAAAUGCGAGUGCUGCGAAAAUGUCCGCAUCCUGCCCGGCUCGGUGAGAAUAGUGCCUUCGCGACCGCCGCCUCCUAUUCCUCUGGCUUCCCUGGGUUCUCGUUCAGCCCCAUUGACUCCGGCAACGCCACUUAUGCCGAGUGCAGGGCCCGCAUCCGCGAGCAUCCUUUCCCGAUCGACUGAGUACACUCGUCCCGGCGGCGGAGUGGCCAACAGCAGCAGCGAAGGCAGCAUGCCACAGUUUCUGGGCGACGUUACCAUUUGAGUGCCUCCUAACCGGAUUAUCUUCUGGUUUAUAAAUUAUCUUAAUGUACCUUUAAACACUUAACCAAUACAGAAAUUAAUAAAAAUACAUAUUUUAUCGUAAAAA